CCCGUCGCCGACUCUUCCUCUCUACCCUGCCGUCUUUUCCAAGGACGGUCCCAGGAGCCCUUCAAGCUGGCUCUUAGCGCAGGAGCAUCGGAGGCUGUGGCUUCCAAAAUGACCCAGCCAAACGCUAUCGAUGAGGAGGAUUACGACUAUGAGUCGCUCCCGCCCAACUUCUCGCUCAUCCAGAACAUGGCCGCCGGCGCCUUUGCUGGCAUCGCCGAGCACUGCGCCAUGUAUCCCAUCGAUGCUGUUAAGACCCGUAUGCAAAUUGUGAACUCGAACCCUUCCGCGGUCUAUCAUGGCGUCAUCCAGAGCACCUAUCGAAUUGCUUCGACCGAGGGCAUCUUCAGCUUGUGGCGCGGCAUGUCCAGCGUCAUUGCCGGAGCCGGCCCUGCGCACGCCGUUUACUUUGCGACUUACGAAGCGGUCAAGCACUUGAUGGGCGGUAACAAGGUUGGCGAGCAUCAUUUUCUCGCUGCUGCCACUAGCGGUGCUUGCGCGACCAUCGCCAGUGAUGCCCUGAUGAACCCCUUCGAUGUGAUCAAGCAGCGCAUGCAGAUCCAGAACUCCGCCAAGAUGUACCGCUCCAUGCUCGACUGCGCCAAGUAUGUUUACCGGAACGAGGGUCUCGGGGCUUUCUACGUCUCGUACCCCACCACGCUGUCGAUGACCGUCCCUUUCACCGCGCUUCAGUUCCUAGCCUAUGAGUCGAUAUCAACCUCGAUGAACCCCACCAAGAAGUACGACCCAGCGACACACUGCCUUGCUGGCGCCGUAGCUGGCGGCUUCGCAGCCGCGCUUACGACGCCUAUGGAUGUGAUUAAGACCAUGUUGCAGACCAGAGGCGCGGCUCAGGACGCUGAGGUCAGAGCCGUGAACGGCUUUGUGGCGGGGUGUAAGCUGCUGUACAGGAGAGAGGGUGUCAAAGGCUUCUUCAAGGGCUUGAAGCCCAGAGUGUUGACCACCAUGCCGAGCACGGCCAUCUGCUGGUCGGCAUAUGAGGCGUCUAAGGCCUAUUUCAUUCACCAAAACAGCCAGUCAUGAGAUGCGGCUGACCUACGGAGCGGAAGCCAUUUGACAAGCCAGGAUCAGCAAAACUCGACAUCCUCGGAUAUUCAUGCACGGCGUUAGAGGAUAAAAGAAAGACGCUGCCUCCAUUCCAGCGUAUGGAGCCAAUCAGACGCGAGGUGGAGGAAGCCCAACACCACUCAAACUCGCUCACUUGCGGGGAUUAAAUGUUCAUUCAUUCGCCCUUGGCGUCCGUCUGACAACGGGCAAAUGCCUGGGCGCGUUGGCCACGAGGGCGCACUGCGGAACGGGGUACUCAGAGGCUAGGACGGGCACAAGGUGUCCUUCACCCUAGCCAGGAACAAUGGGGUUUUGCGCAAUACCAAGCGACUACAAGGAUACAAAGCAAAAACAAGGAACACCAAAUCCAAUUAUGUACGUAAUGUAACUUUGUUUCCUUGUCUUCUGUUGUUUUAUACU